UUAGAAAAAAAAAAAAAAAAUGGCAAGAACUGUAGCAAGAAAUCUAGCAGCACCACUUCUGUUGAUCAACCUGAUUAUGUAUUUCAUAGUGUUGGGUUUUUCGAGCUGGUGUUUGAAUAGGUACAUCAAUGGCCAAACUGCUCAUCCGAGCAUGGGAGGAAAUGGGGCAACUGGUUACUUCUUAACGUUUUCAAUAUUGGCCGCUGUUCUCGGGAUAGUGUCCAAGAUAGCUGGCGGCAACCAUCUCCGGGCUUGGAGGAACGAUAGCCUUGCAGCUGCUGGCUCGUCUUCCAUAGUUGCGUGGGCCGUCACUGCACUUGCUUUCGGUUUGGCUUGCAAGGAAAUAAACAUAGGAGGAUGGAGAGGAUGGCGAUUGAGGGUGCUCGAGGCUUUUGUCGUAAUACUUGGUUUCACCCAGCUGCUGUAUGUGUUGCUGCUCCAUGCCGGGUUUUUUAGCAGCAGAUAUGGGCCGGGUUACAGGGACCCGGAUUACGGCGUGGGCCCAACAGGGACUGAGGCGAGACCUAAAGCUGGGGUCACAGGGACCGCGGUCUGAAAUGUACCCCACUCGAUUGGAAAUAAAGGGAUAUGUCUAUGUCUAGCUGUAGGCAAUUUGAAAUGUUUCUAAGUGUGUUGUUUGUGGUGGUGUUGUAACCUCCGAUGCUGCAUAAACUUGUGUUGUUUUGCUUUGUUCUUUCUAUGUACUUCUGUUAAUGUUCUCUGCUUGUGGAAUUUAUGGUGGUUCUUUGUUGUGGAUGAUAAUGAUUUGUGGUACAUGGGGAACUGUGGUGGCUGUGUGCUCUGUGUAGAGUAAGUAGCAUGUUUAUAUAUUUCCAAGACUUUGUAAAUGGGCGGAGAUUUUAUUGAGUUCUCAUUGGAUAAACAGAACUAACUAAUGAAGUCUGCCUCAGUGUGAAAAAUUAGGGAAAAAUAGUCGGUCUCACAGUGCUCAAUGGUGGUAAAUUCUUUGAUAUAGUCGGGAAAAUGGUGGUAAAUCGGAAAAU